AUGCCUUCCUACAUUCACCUCCGCCGUAUAAUUCGUGUCUGCCAGGUCGGUCAGCAGUACAUACGCUCCUGUUUCGUUCGGCCUCGUCUCGCAGAUUCCGCUACUCUCAUCUACCAAUUGCAAAACAUUAGACGGAACAUGAUUCUUACCUGCCGCCGCGCGUCCGCCACGCGUCUUCUCCUGGUCUGCAUCUGCGGUUUCGUGAAAAGACAGAAAUUGGUUUGCACGCAGACGCUUGUCUACCCUCGGCUCGCACGCCUCGCGGUUCUCCUCUAA